AACAAAGUGAAUCAGUCGCGAGCUCCUGCAGCGCUGCGCCAGGAGAAAGCGGAUCACUGCACGUGCGGACAUAAAAGAUGCAAAAAUAAGUCGAGUCACCUCACAUAUAACAUGCCUGAUAAACACAGUCCCCGAACCUUCCAGCCUGUCACACAGGGUGGCGUACUUGCCACAAGCAUGCUGCAUUAGCUACAGUCAUCCGUUACACCAUGGAGACCAGAGGAAGUGAUGCUGUUGGUGCAGCAGGAGGGCAACAAUCAGUCUCUGCUACUCAUGAUCCUCCACAACCUCAGUCACCCCCCUCUGUAAAAACACGGAGGUCCGCUUUCAAGUUUUUUGGUGGUCGGAAGAGCAUUUGUGUUCUUCCGAGCUUUUUUGGUGGCCGUGGCAAAAAUCAAAGCAAGGGGUCAUCUAAAUCAGGGGUAACAAAGAGCCAAACAUAUGAUGGGGUAAGCAGAGCAUGCUGGGAAGAUUUGGGCAAAGGCAGCAGUGAAGCAGCUUCAGGAGACUUUGAGUUCUGCAGCCCUUGUGACACUCAGAAAACACCAGAGGACCAUGGGAAGUUUCAGUCACUACCAAGACAGCGGAGGGGUCUUCGUGGUCUGUUUAACAGCAUACGAAGACACAGGAAAAACAAAAAUGUUGAAUUGGAGAAACGUGAGACACUUGAAAUGUCCUCGAGCUUUCGUGCCCAAACAGUGCCUGGAAACCUGUCGAGCAUCAGUGACCGUAGCGAUAACCAUGGCGAUAGUCAGGGCGAAGAGUUGGUGCCAGAUGUGCCUAAUCAAACCGUAGACCGUAAAUGUGAACAGCCAUUGGCUGCCCAUGAAUGUACAAAAGAUCCAUCCCUAGUGCCUGAGAAACGAAGAAGCAGGGUAGAGACUGAUAAGAGGACGAGAGGAGAAGAAGAGGAGAACGGAGAAGAGAACCAAAAUAAGAGACAGGAAGUGUUGACUACAUAUCAUCAACCCUUGUCUGCAGAGUCUGAACUGGAUCGAUUGGCUGAGCAAAAUAUUGACAUAACCGAUGAAGAUCUUCCUGCUGCAUCCUGCACAUCUGACAGUGUGAACAUGAUGUUUGGUGAUGUUUCAUCAUUGAAGAGCUUUGAUUCGCUGACAGGUUGCGGAGACAUCAUUGCAGACCAAGACGAUGACAGUGUGGCAGAAAGUUCGGCGUCUGCUGAAAGAGGCAGUCGAAAUGCAGGAAAAAGGAGCUCCUGUUUCGUCACAUAUCAAGGAGGAGGGGAAGAGAUGGCAACACCUGAUGAGGUGGAUACCGAUUACCUUCAGAGCUUAUGGGAAUCUGAAACUAGUAAUGAGGUCUGCUACCUCCCCUCAGACCGAGGCUCAGAUAGCCUUUCACUCACUCCUGAUCAGCAAAUCAGCUCUAUACUUGCACAUUCCAACAGCAGCACACUGGGAGUCACGGAAACUGCCCUUACCCCUGCUGAACUUUUAAGCCCACAGAGCGAUCGGCAAGAAUCAGUGCCCAACAGCGAUGAAGGAUACUAUGACUCCACCACGCCAGGAAUGGAGGAUGAGAAUAGGGAACGUCCACACCAGGAAAGGCUUCCAAGGGACAGCUACAGUGGCGAUGCCCUUUAUGAACUUUUUGAACCUGAUGAUCACUUGCUAAGUCCUGGUCUUCCAACCAAGGAUGGCCAUCCAUUUGUUGGUGAUAAGAGUCCAACAAACCCUCUUUAUGCCUUGGCAUCCACUGCCCCAGAGACAGGCUCCAUGGAGACGGAGGAGGAGCGCCUGAGCAAGAUCCAGCAUGCCCUUUUGUGCUGUGAGCUUCAAAAUCUCAGAAGCCCAUCUAAAGAUCAGCUUCUGUUUCAUACUGACUGCUUCUAUGAUGAUUCAAUCCUUACCGAAGCCAAUGGUAAGACGUCCUCAGAAGUUAUUAGUCAGCGUUAUCCCCAGUCACCACAGAGAUCCCAGGCUUUAAAAGACAAACCUGUCAGCAGGGAUCACAAACAGGAUUCAGGGUUUAGCCCACGUGUCCCAGAGACACCCAGAUCGCAGAAGUCAGCAGUGUACACAGAGCAUCAACCUGAGGAUCAAAGUUUUUCAGUACCCACCAGAGGCCACACCCAGACCCAGGAAGAGCUGAUGGUCUGUUUUUCCCAAGCGCUUGUAGAUUUUACUAAGAACUCCCGGCUUUACUGUAACUCAACCGAGAGUCUUGACGGCUCUGAGUCGAGUUCUCCUUUCGGCCCGAGUCUCAGUGCCCUUCCUGCAAUUGUCACAUUCGAUGUGGUUGACAUGGAGAACGAGGGUGAAUGUGAGCACCAGACUGAGCUUGUUGAGGAAGAGGAGGUGUUGGCGUCCCCUUAUGAGCCCUUUGAGGAUGAUGGCUGUUACUUGCAGCAGGAUGCCUUUGCGGAAUGUGACCAACGUACUUUUGAUGCCUACGAACAGAGUCUGUUGCUCAGUAAUGCAUGGGGCAUUGCGAGCCUUCCACGGCAUCUCAGUUUGGGUCGGCCUUGUCCACCAGUCCCUGCCCCGUUAGCACUAAAUCGGCGUAGCCGCUCUCUUGACACAGACAGUUUGGAAUUUCAAACUAGUGAGAUUUACACAACCGCAACUACUUAUGACUCAAAGGGAGAUCCAUUUUUUAAGCACAGGAAGGCGGAAUGUAGUGACAUGGCAUUACCACGACAACCCUGCAGGGUUACUGGGGAUGGUUGGAGGCGAGCCUAUGGUUGGGGCAACAGCUCCUCCCAGCAUCCUAACUCGAAGUUGUCGGCUCUCAGACCUUCACAUCUCCCCCUACAGAACAACUGCCGCCUUGCUGGUGUCACUCGAGUGGAAGGCGAGGGGGAGAUUUUAUUUGGUGGAGGGGAUGCGCUUUACCCCUGCAGUUAUCCUCCUGAUGGCGCGCAUUGGAAAAAUCGACCUGUUGGGGUCACUCUGGGUGUGCCACAUCCUCGAUCGGACCAAUCAACAGAGCAGAGAGAAAUUACGGUGAAAAGCAGGAGGGCGGAGCUUGAGGGGGGCUUUCCCACUGCACCGCCUAAACAAUAAGCACCACAAAAAAAACAAAAGCUCUCCUGCUCAUAUAAACUAAAAAUAAUACUGAUAGAUACGUCUCGUCACCAAAGACGAUGCUGGAUGUUUACUGACACGCUUGAAUUGUAUCACACACACUUUCACUAUAGUUGCUGUUACUGCCGGAUAAGCUAUUGUAUUAUUUUGUGAUGUACUGUGUAGUUUUUGAGCUGCAUUCUAGUUUCUGUGACUUUAGGAGGAUUUGUAUUUGUAUCUUGUGUGUUACAGCAUUAAUCAGCUGGUGCUGUCCAUAUACAGAUGCCAUAUUGCUUUCCAUAAAUGUAGCCACUGGUAUUGCCAUCCAAAAUUAUUCCAAGAUGUUUUAAUUGUAUUUGCAAAAUGACAACAAUCGUAUAAUUUACAUAUUUUGGGGCUAAAAUGGUAAAAAUUUAUUAGCAUAUCAAAAGAGCAAAGAUCAAAACAGCAUAUCUGGUGACCCUGUUAAAAUAUUGUAUUUUGUUUAAUGAACAAACCCUUUAAAUACAGGGCCUUUUGCAUAUGAUAGCAUAUUGUACAUUUCAAGCUUUCAGUGUUUUCAUAUUGAAAGGUUUUAAACAUUGUUCAGCUAGCUAGUCACUAGUUUUUCUUACCAUAGACAAGACACUACAUUUAGAGGAAAGUCGUCAUUUAUUUAUUUUUUUUUUUUGAAAAUGUCAAAACCUUGAUAUACUUUUGUACCCAAUAUUUGAUGAAGAUUACCUAUAAUAAUUUGUGUAAAUUGCUAUGCUAUAAAAAAAAGGACAGAAACAAAGCAUUUUGUAAUUCAUCUUUAAGAAGGAAUUACUUACAAAGUGCUGUCACUUGCUGCCAAACAGUACACUCUUAAAAAAUGCUGGGUUAUUGUCAACCCAGCGUUGGCCCAAAAGAAGGACAAACCCAGACACUGUUUUAAAUUAACCUUUUUAAAUUUGAUCUAACAAUGGGUUAAAACAACCCAGCUUAAGUUAAAUUUACAACUCGACGGGUUGGGUCCAUCCCUUUUUGACCCAAUGCUGGGUUGAAAAUAACCCAGCAAUUUUUUUAUGUAUAGGGUUGUUUGAAGGUACACUGCUUUAGGGCUGCAUAAAAACUAAUCGCAAGUAAUUGUUUGCAAAAUAAAAGUUUUUGUUUACAUUAUAUAUGUGUGUAUUGUGUAUAAUAAUUAAUAUUUAUGUAUAAUAUAAAUUAUACAUAAAAAUCAAAAUGUAUAUACACAUGUAAAUAUUUCUUAAAUAUAUACAUGCAUGUGUGUGUAUUUAUAUAUACAUAAUACUUAUAAACAAUACACACACAUAUAUGAUGUAAACAAAAACUUUUAUUCUGCAAGCGAUUAGUUGUUAUGCAGCCGUGCACUGCUUACUCCAAGUAUUAACCCUUUAUUUAAGUAUUCUCCAUAUACGUUCAAGUCAAAUUUGCUGUAGUCUUUAGUAAAUAUCAUCCAUGUAGUUGAUAAUCAGAAGGUACUGUAUUGAGUCAUUUGAGACACAAUAAUCAGAAAAGCCUUUAAUGAUGACAUGUGAUUGUCUCUGCUGUUGUCAUGGUCAUUUAUCCCCAUCACAAUGCCAAAGUCUGUUUUAUGCUCUUACUGUUUUAGCCACUGCUUUGAUUCAUCUUUUAAGAAUGAAUCAAUCCCUAAAGCUGAGUCAGUGCCGUGUUGUCCUUUUUUUAUUUAAGCUUUUUUUAGGUAUUGCAUUUGUGUGAUUGGAAAUGAAUGUUCUUUUUUACAGACAUUAGUAAAAGCAUACACAGAAUGUUAAAUUGUCUUCAUCAAAACAUGACUGACAGUCUUUACCCUCAGUGUUAUUGUAAUCACUUGACAACAGGGUUAAAAUGCAUAUCAAACACACAAGAAUUAGUCAAUCCUUAACUGUAAAUAAAUCUCAGAGACAUAAGUAUUGGAUGUUUGUGAAGGUUUUUUUAAUGCCAUCUGAAGCUUUGUAGAUUUCUCUAUUUGGUUUAUGAGCAUACAGAUAAGUUAUUUCAUGCAUUGACCUGUUUUCUUGUACGCAAGCCCUUACAACCAUUUACACUGAUGUUUAUACUUUAAGAAAAGUAUUAAACAACUUUGUUCUUAUAUUCUGAUAUAGAUGUUUUUCUUUAUGUACAUUUGCAUUAAUCUUUUGCAAGAAAAGCUUCAACUUUGUGAGAGUGCAAGACCGAUACGUAAAACUUAUCUGGACCUUUGUGUCACCCUUGUCUGUUUUAAUGACAGGAAACAUUAGGCAUGUCUUGUGUGGACAAGGUGCCUUGGUGUCCCUAUUUAUAUGUGUAAUGUAGUGAUGUAUGUUUUAAGUGUAUGCUAUUGUAUCUUAUUUGAUACUUAUAUAGGAGACAACAUAUUGUCUAUUAGUUUCGGAUUUGUACAGCAUUACCCGAUUAGUGUUGCUGAUACUCUUAUUUGAUUGACAGGUGGUCUCCACUCUAAAGUCAAGGAGGCUCCAGUUGUCAUGGAAACUGGUUUAGGCUGUCGUUGCACAUCUUGCCAUCAUAAGCGGUGGAGAACAAAAUAAAUGCA